AUGGCCCAUUUCCUAAGAUCUUUUACUUCUGCCCCUGCCUCUUGCUUUAUAUUUCUUUUGCGGCCAGAUUCAAUCUAUCCAUCGCUCGACCUAAAGAUGCAGACCCCUAAGGCCCCACCAGGAUCGCCAAUAUCCACCCUCUUUGAAAUCCGCCAAACGCCACAUUGCGGCCGCGCUGUAUUCGCAACUCACGAUAUACCCGCAGAUACAGUUGUCUUCUGCUCCGACGAUCUCACACUCUCGGUACUACUUCGCGAAUACCGACGAGAAGUCUGCGCGCAAUGCUUUGGCUACGAACACGGUCGCAACUUGAAGAUUAGCGAUCCGGCGGUUGGCUUUGCAUUCUGUUCCGAGGGCUGCCAGAACAAGUGGCGAGAGGAGGUCGGGGAGAUUGGAGUGCAGGCUUGGACUGCGGUCGAGAAUCUGGUUAGGAAGAGAGGUAGGGAGGAUUGCGAGAUGGUGGAUGUAGAUCUUCCGAGGCCGAAGCCAAAGGAUAUUACAAAAGCAUGGGAGGGAGUUGCUGCACAGGCGGCGUUGAUACGGGUCGCGAGACACGGAGAUCGGAUAAGUGAGGAGGUAACUGAGGAGACAAAAGUCGAGAGACCCGCACAGGUCACAAAGCAGCAUCGUAAAGCGCUGCAGAGAGCACUGCUAAGUCCGAUCUCGCCAGACGUGAUGAGUUUCUGCGUUAGCGGUCUUCUAUGGAGGUAUAGCAAGCCAGGUGACUGGGAGCGUGUCUUGACUCUCAUCCCUGACACAACGCCCUACCACAACAUCGCAGACCUCCAAGCCUUCACGCGUUCCUAUCUCCACCUCCUUGCCGUCCUUCCCUUGCCACUCCUCGACUUCGUCACCCCCGAAACCCUCUUCAUUCUCUCAGCGCGUGACUCUCACAACUCCUUUGGCAUACGCUCCCUCGAGGACGAAGGCUCUGAGUUCUUUGGCUAUGGGUGUUGGCCUGCGGCAUCGUAUUUCAAUCAUUCUUGUGCGCCUAGCCUCGAGAAGAUAAGGGUUGGGAGGAUGUGGGAGUUUAGGGCAGGAAGGGAUAUUGAGGCGGGCGAGGAGCUGAGUAUUACAUAUCUGAGUGGUGAGGAGAGGAGGCUGAGCAGAGGGAAGAGGAUGAUUAUCUUGAUGAACAACUGGGGGUUUGAGUGUGGGUGUGAGAGGUGUGAAGUCAUCUACUAAUGCUAGACCAGGGCACACGAAUGAAAUCAAUCUCACCUCUCUACACGGUUAAAAAG